GUAAACAGACAUGGAAGCACCAGGUGAAGACCUCCACAGAGGCUGAGCACAGCACUCGCUCUUUCAGCACCGUCUUCUGUCUCCUUCACCCAGUGCAUCCAGCUGAUAUACAUCUGCCUGGUGUCACGUUUACGUCUACAGCAUCCAGAGCCUUGACUUCCUCUCCAGUGUGUGUGGCAGCCAACGAUCACCCAAACUGAUGAGGAUCGGCUGACUGAGUUAUAAAUAAGUUCCUUUUUUCUUAUUUUGCCAAGCGGAAAGAAUGUCGGAAAGGGCCGAGGAUGACGUCAGGGGGGAGCAGCGCCGAGCGGCCAGGCAGCAGCUGAAGCAGCAGCAGAUCCAGCGGGGAGAAGGCUCCACAGCAAUGGCGACUGUUGCGGAGCGGAGAUCCUUGCCUAGUCCAGAAAUAAUGCUGGGACAGCCUUGGAGCAACUGGGUCGACGCCGCCAAACUCCACGGCAACGACGGUGCUGAAUCGGAGGAAAGUUUCAAAGACUUCGGGAAAAAUCGAGAAGCCAUGCGUUUGUGCAGAGAAGACAUGCCCAUAUUUGGCCAGUGUCCCGCACAGGACGACUUCUACCUGGUGAUGUGCAGCCACUGCGGUCAAGUAGUCAAGCCCCAAGCCUUCCAAGCACACUACGAGAGAAGACACAGUUCAGCCAGCAAGCCAGCCUCCACCUCGCCCUUCCCCGUGUCGGGCAGGAACCGGAGCAGCGGCAGUGGGCUUGGGCCUGGGCUGGGCUCUGGGUCUGUAGCUGGAAUGGCAACUGGAGGCAUCCUUAGCCGACCUUCCACCGCUGGAUCCAGCUUAUCCUCCUCUUCAACGUCCUCCUCGUCCUCCAAUCCCAAACUCCUCAAACCAGCCAAAGAGAAGCUGCCAGGCUUUCAGCGAAGAACCAACUUUGCACCCUUCAGGAUGCUCCAGCCGGACAAGACACACCUCACCCCGGCUGUCAAGGUGGAGAAGAUGCACCUGAGGGUGGAUUCGUCAGCCAAGCUGGUGCAGGCCCCAUCUGCCCCCACCACCACCUCAUCCUCUUCCACAUCCUCCUCUAGCACCACUGUGAGCUCCAACACUACCACCAUCACCACCUCCUCCUCCUCCUCCUCCUCAUCAGCCCUUAAACCAGGCCUUAACUGUCCCUCCAUACCAAAGCCUCCAUUACUGGCCCCGGGUCAGAUUCCCAAUGGCAAGGGCCACCUCUCGGUCCUCUCAGACAAGAAGCAGGACAGCAGCAGCAGUGCCAGUAGCAGACGCCAUAUUAGCAAGAAAGUGACCGAACGUGAGUUCAAUCCAGAUAUCCACUGUGGUGUUGUGGAUAUGACAGCUCGGAAACCAUGCACAAGAUCUCUAACAUGCAAGACACAUUCCUUAAGCCAGCGGAGGGCAGUGCCAGGGCGGAGGAAGCGCUUUGACACUUUGCUGGCGGAGCACAAGAACAGAGCAAGGGAGCGGGAGAGGGAGAGAGAACUCCACCAACCCCAUUCCCAGCAAAACCCCCCUCUCAGGGACCCACACCCCUCCUCCCACCUCGCCGCUGCCCAUGAUCCCCACCAGGUGGCUCACGGCAACGGCCCCGCCCCAGACGCCACUAAGCCUUCGCCACUAGGCAAGCCCAAAUUUCACAGCCCCGGUCUUCCACGACUAAACAGCAGCAGCAGUCACGGAGGUGGUACCCCCGGAGACCCUACAGUAGUCCACGAGUCACCACACCAUCCCCAGUCUACCCAUGAUGGGUUUUCCCGACCCUCAAGCGAUGAGGGGGAGAACGAGGAGCGGGAGGACAAUGCUGACAAACUGGACUGUCACUAUUCAGGUUAUCACCCUCGACCGGCAGCUUACUGUACCUUUGGAAGUCGACUGUUUGGGAGAGGAUGUUACUCCUUUGACCGGCGAUGGGACAGAGUGCGAUGUGCCCUAACCACAAUGAUGGACAAGCAUGUCAACUCUCAGAUGUGGAAGAAAAUCCCCUUGGCCUUGGAGAACUCCUCCUCCGUUGCACCUACCCAUAGGACAAGCACAAAUUCCCACGGUAGCACUCCCUCCUCAGGCUUCCUGGGCCCCCCUGCCACCUUGCCCCAGACUCCUUAUAGCCAAUCUUACGAGGGCAAAUCAGUGCUCUCCUAUGGGACCACCUUAAAUGCCCGCAGCUCCCCACAGGGCGGGGCUGAGCACCCGGCCUACGGCACCACGCAGGCCCGACAAGUGUCUUCGUUGCCGCAGAUGCCUUCAGCCCACUCGUCCUCAUCCUCCUCUUCUUCUGCUCCCUCCCUAGCCUCAGGCCGGGCGCUUAAGUCCCGCUCCUCCAGCAGCAGCACUACCAAGUCGUCGUCGUCGUCCUUCAGGCCCAAGGAGAUCUCCUCUGGCUCCUCCACACCUGUCAUUCCCAACUCCACCGGUGGGGGCAACAGCGGAGCCAACAGUAACAGUAGCAGCACUAGCUUCAGCUCGGGGAAGAAGAGGAAGAACAGCUCUCUCCUCUCUUCAUCCCAUGGUUCCUCUGAAUCCUCCUCCUCUAAUGCCAAUUACUCUUCCUCCUCUUCCUCUUUCAAGAAGAACUGUGCAAAUGUCAGCAGCUCAGGGAGCACCUACCAUCACAGCUCAUUAGGUUCUUCAUCCUCAUCGUCAUUAUCCUCCUCCCACAGUGGAGUCCACAGCGUGGGGCUUAACUGUGGCCCCACUGUGCGGACCAACUCACUUAGCCUCAAAGCCGAACCUUCUGGAGGUUCAGCAGGCGGAUCCUCUGGGCCUCCUGCACGAGGUCCUCCCUCGGGCAGCCCUGCAGAGUCCAUCAAGCGCAUGAGUGUGGUGAUGAACAGCAGUGACUCCACCCUUUCCCUGGGGCCCUUUGUCCACCACCAGUCCUCAUCCUCUUCAGACCACCACACCAGCUUCAGCCACCACUCCUCAGACGGGCGCCUGGAGGGCAAGAAGCGCAAAAGCUCUCCUGUCUCCAGCAGCAUUAAUAGCGGAGGUGGGGGAGGAGGGCUUGGAGGAGGAGGAGGAGGAGGAGGACCUGGACCAGGUAGACCCAAAGUGGCCAAGUCACCUGCCAUUAAUAACAUCCAUGGGAAGCAUGGGCGGAGCAUUCCAGGGACGCCAGGGCUGCCCAACAACUCCCAUUUACAUCAGCCAAAGGCUCGUCCCUGACAGAGGUGUCCGGCUUCAGUGUAUGGAACCGGCAGGCGGGCGGGGAAUAGUCCGGGAGCAGUCCGCACACUGCUCUGGACUACACGAGGCCUUUUAAAAUCAAACCCACAUUACUCUCAGCUUCCCACAAUCCUCAGGGUGGAGAUGAUCUGGACUGCCCAGUGAAGUCAAUGUGGUCCUUACUAAUUCUCCCAAAGCCAUGUGUGUGUGUGUGUGGGAGGGAGGGGGGCAUGGUGGCACUGUAUGGGCAUAGCAGCGUGGAGCACAAGGGGUCUAAUGAGCGAGCCAAGGGACCCCCUCCCCCCUACGCAAGUGCUGUCCCAGUAUCCUGAGAGGUCUUCCUGUCUGGUAUAAAGUAGGAGAAACAAUAGCAGCAGCCGGGGUUCAAAGCUCAUCGGGGUUCAGGUUAAGGGCUGCCGCAACAAGCCGUCAUGACGCCGAGCAACUGGGGAGACAACAAGCCGAUCUCUUCCGCGUUUGUUGAAGGAUGAGUGUGUGAAUGUGCGUGUGUGUAAGAGUAUUUUUCUCAUGUCAGAUUCUGCUGGACUACUGGAAUUUCCAACUUAAUUACACCCCCAGCGCCUGAUCUCAGAAGCCUUGGAAGGAGAGCAGGAGGAGCAGCAAACUGUUACUUGCAACACCUUAAACAACACACAAUCACCUUGUUGUUUCACUUUUUACGUUAGCCUGACUCCCUCUGGCGACACGUCAAGUAACCUCGGGUUACACGCAUUAGCCCGAGACGAGCCCGUAAAGGACGAUCUGGUCAAUUCUUUUAUUACCCAGAAUAAUUAUGCAAGUGUUACCUUUUUAUGAUUUCUUAUGAGCUUUUUACACUGAACUACAAAGAGUCUUUGUAGACGUGAUGAAGACAGUUGUGCUUUCAAAUGUGAAAAGGACGCCUGAUGUGCCCAUUCGAUUGAAUCUUUUGUCAGAGCGAUAGCUUGGUAUUGAGGACACCUGUUAAUUUUCUGAAUCUCUUCAUUGUGCAAAAUGAUAGCCACAGUAGACCUACCCCCAACUGUGAACAGCACUAAAUAACUGCUUUCUCCACAGGCACUGCUUAGUUGUCCACAAAGCUAGCCAAAAGCUGCUAUCAGCUUUGCCAACUACUUUUUUUUUUUUUUUUUUUUUUUUUUUUUUUUUUUUGUUAACUAAAAUGUGGGCUGUCUUGCUCAUGAAGCGGUGAUGGUGCAUUGCCUGUGUGGAUAUGAAAAAAAUCUGUGCAAACCAUAUUGUUAUUGCCACAACUUACCUACUUUAAUACUCAUACAGCUGUGUAAAAUCCACACAGCUGCUUCUGGGCAGAUGUGAAUUGUAAUCUUUUAUUAUUUUUUUUCCUACAUAGGGAAUCAGGUAUGGUACGUCUUAACUGGAGCAAACUUUAUGCACGUCACCCGUCUUCUGUGAGUAUGAUUGUCCCUCUGAUGUGUAACCACUACCCAAGCUCUGUAUGUUAAAAGUUUCAAUGCCUCACCGUAACACUAUGUUGGUGCGAGUUGAGAAGAGAUUUGUCACAGUAGAACAGCCAGCCAGGCAUUACACUCUAUUCCUUUUGUCAAAAUGGAGUCUUAAAUCAGGCAAUACUUGCCCAUCUUGUCGGGAUGUUUGCUUAUUUCUGCGUGGUCUCGAAUGGGUUUUGUGGUGCGAGAUUCAUGGAGAUGGCUUCACAGGACAUAUUUAAACUUUUUGGCAACACCUGUUGAUUAAUGGAACCUCCACUGAUGUCAGAUAGUGUGGAAAAGUAGAGACAAUUUUAUAAAAAAAAAAAGAAUCUUAAUUUAGCUUUUUUUUUUUUUUUUCCUUGUAGCCUAUGUAUCAAACAAGUAUUGAAGUAUCCCUAUUUGAGAAUACAUAUUUUGUUAACAAAUUGUACAUAGUGAAAUAUGUAUUUUUGCACAGGCAUUUUUCGUACACGCUGAGUUUUUGGUACAAUUUAAGAAAAGAAGUCAUUAUUUAUUUAGUAACAAAAAAAGGAUGAAAAGUCAGAGAACUUGACUAUUUGAAGUGGUUCACUGCCAAGUCUAUAUAAUGCAAUACGCCUAUAUGUAGAAGCUGAAGCAUCUCAUGAAUCAUGUACUUUAAGGAACAGCGGUUAAGUGUUGCCACUGUAGCAUGUGUCUGUAUGACAGAGGAUACCUUUAUUCACUUUUCAAGGUCUCAAUCACAUGUGCUUUUACAAGACAUUUUACGUUGCCUAUGAAUCAACACGGAAAAAAAAAAAAAAAAAAAAACAGUUACUAUGUGACCCAGUUAGCCUGUGAUUUUGAAACUGUCCUGCAGGCUUGAAGCUGUGCCCCCUUUGUCUAACUAGUUACCGUGUACUCUUCAGACACUUUGCAGACCUUAAACACAUUUCAUUAUUGAAACACUUAAUGUAGUUUUUUAAAGGCUGAAUAGAGUUCAGCUGUCAUUGCAAGGAAGAGGAACACUUCAGACAGUCCCACCUGCUUGCAUCAUUGUUGCCAAACAAGUAAUUUGAAUCACAGCUUUUAAAGAAAUAGUUUGCAGCUUUUAAAAGAAAUAUCAAAUUAAGAAAGUGCCUGAAUUUGUUUCACCAUGACUGUUUGAGGACAGUAUUCUUUGGGUUGUUUUACCUUACUUGAAUGUUCGAAGUGUUUAGGAGUUUGCUUUUAAAUCUGCCUAUGAACCCUAAAUAUGGUAAAAACCUGAGUUUGUCAGCUGCCCAGUAUGAAACACUUUAGUAUUUUCUUUUUGUUUUUUUUUUUUUUUCAGGUUUAUCCAAGUUUUCCAGAUAAGACGUUGAGAUUUUCAGUUAGCCUCAGUGUGUGGCUUAGGCCUCCUCUGGUUUACUGGGAUUUGUAAGAACUUUCAAUCAAGUGUUUUGUUUACCCUCAAACUCCACUAACAUCUUGACCAUUGUUUCCCGUACAUGGAAACAUUUGCGAGGAUGUUUUUUUUUUUUUUUUUAAAUCAGUACCAUAGACUUGGAAUGUGAAAGUGAGAGAAAACACAGCUUGUGUCUGGGAGGAAAAAAAAAAUCCACCAUUCAUACUAUGUAAAAGCGUGUAUAGAUUUUUUUUUUUUUUGUAUACAUUAUCAGAAUCAUUUUCAGCUGGACUUAUGUAUUGGCUGCUAUGUAAUUCAUGAACAAAACAUAGGUUAGAAUUAAUAUUUAAAGAAAAAAGAUUGUAUAGUAUAUUUGUUUUGUAACAAGUUUCUGUAAAUAAAAUAAUUUAUACUGCUAUUUAUAUGAAA